AUGUUGGACCCUCUGUCAGACUGUAGCCCGCUCAUCAGUGCAGCAUCCUCUGGGAAGCUCCGUCUGGUCCGUCUGCUGGUAGACGGUGGAGCAGAGGUAAAUGGGCGCAACCCUAAAGGAGAGACAGCUCUGCUGGCUGCCUGCAAGGCCCUGAGAGGGGAGCCUGCUGGGCCUGAGACAAUUAAGCUCCUCACAUACCUCCUCCAGAACAAGGCAGAUCCUAAUGCACAAGACCGGGCGGGGCGUACUGCGCUGAUGUACGCCUGUAUGGAGCGUGCGGGAGCUCAGGUCGCAGCCACACUCCUUGCUGCAGGAGCCGACCCAAGCAUGGAGGAUUACUCUGGAGCCUCAGCUUUGGUCUACGCCAUCAACGCGCAGCAUCAGCCUACUCUGAAGGUAUUGAUGGAUGCAUGUCAGGUCAGAGGUCGUGACAUCAUCAUCAUUGCCACGGAGGUGGGUGUGCAUGGAGGCCCUGUGACCAGACGCUAUCUGAAUGUUCUCCCAUCCCCAAACACCUCACCGGUGUCCUGCAUGUCCCCAUCUGACAUCGUCCUGAAGACAGGCUCGCCAAACUCACCCGAGGGCGAAAACAUCUUCAACUUCAGAGCAACAAGCCAACGAGGAAGUAGCAGCAGCAUUAGCAGCAGACGUCCCUCCUGUGAACCACUGAGCCGGUGCAGCUCUCCCCCUCUCAGACAGAGAAUAUCAUCUGAACCCUGGCUAGCGAUUCACAACCUGGCCUGUCUGAACAGAGCUUAUGAGGAGGGCAGGAGGGAGAGGAGCCCACAGAAGGAGAGAGACAGAGAGGAUUUGAGAGGGGAGAGAGGAAGGAGUAAGGGUGAGGAAAAGGAGGAAGAAGAAAAGGAGUCCCAUUUUGAUCAGUCCAGAGUGGAAGAGAGGAGAAGAGGCAAGGUUCAAAGGAGAGAUAACGGAUAUGGAGGAGAGAAUUACAGCCGCAGCCAUGAGGAUUUCUCUUUGAAGACUUCUCAUUUAGUCGUCUCGCUCACUGAGAUGAGCUCGACUCAUGCAACCCCCGGCAGCGUGGUCCUCAAACGAUGUGUCACUCCUGCAGGGUCACUCUCAGACAAAAAGCUCCCCACCGGCCUGCCCCCUCACUCCCAGCUCCGCAGGAAUACCCUCCCCUCUGUCACAGUCGACCCUCCUCUACUUCACCUCCCUCCUUUGGGAAGCCAAUCCACAUCUCACCUCCAGGUUCCAACCCAGGUUUCACCAGCCAAAAGCAGAACCAUGGUGUUUCUGCCUCACCCACCCAGCUCCUCUCCUCCCUCUAGAGCAUCAGUGAGGCCAGCUCUACUCCCUCCACUGCCCUCAGCUUCCUCCGUCACCUCACUGGUUCCUCCUUCUGCCUCCUGCUACAACGAGAGAAACAGGAGGUCACUGCGUCGUCACUCGGUGCAGCUUGAACAGCUAAAAGGAGGAACACGGAUGAACUAUUUAGACAUGUGAGACCAUAUUAUAUUUGAAGGAUAAUGGUCCCAGCGUCAUUUUUACAAGUUAGGUUCGCCAGUACUUGGACUAGUUUUAGCCUCUACUGUAUAAUCAUGGGAAGAGAAAAGUUUGGAGAAGGAACAGAACAGAGGAUUUGAAGCAUACUGCAUGAUGAUAAGAAAAGGAAAUACUGACGAUCUAUCUUAAGCACCGCACAUCAUCCAUCAAACAUGGUCAAGGCAAUGGUAUAGACACAUGUCUGCCAGUGGAACAAGGAGUUUUUAUUGAUGGUGUGACUUUUGAUAGAAGUCACAGGAUACAUUCUGAAGUGUGCAGGGCUACAACACUUGGAUAAUGAAAGUAAAUGGGAUAUUCUUCAAUCGCCAACUCAGUUACCUGAUCGUAACCCAAUAAGACAUGUUUUAAGUGCUUUAAUUGUCUUCAGAUACUCCAGCUUCCACCCCACAAUCCAGAUAUGCAUGUCGUCUAGUGGUGACUCUAAAUGUAUGUUGUAGGUGUGAAUGUUAGCAUGAAUAGUGGUUUGGUCUCUGUGUUAAGCCUUUAACAAACUGUCCAGGGUGUAUGACAGCUGGGACAGGCUCCACCUCCCCUCAAAACUUUCAGUUAGAUACAGACACAGCCUCUGAAAAAUCCCUAAACAAUUAAUGAAACACUUUUGUUAGACCCCAUGACUCAAAGCUGAAAAACAGCAAUUGAGUUGCAUUUUGAUUGUUUGAUUUAACACUGUGGUGGUGUUCAGAGGCAAGUUAGGAGGGAAAAAAAAUUGUACUGCUGCCCAAAAGCUUACAGAGCUUACUGUAUACUCAGACUUGUGAUUCUGAGAUGGAGUACGGUUUAUUAACUAAUUUAACUUUAGAGGAUACCUGCUUAAAUUCUCAUUCAACAUGAGCAAGCAAUCAACUCAAAGCUUGCUGUGGAAACCAUUCACAAAUAUCUGGGUUCAAACACUAGUGUUUUGUCAGAGAAGUACAACGUGAACCAGCAGAACAUAAAGAAAUGCAAUGAAAAAGAUAUGAUAAGAAUAGUCAGUCAACAAAUAACUCAAACACACUAACAAUGGGAAAGUGGAUUAUUCUUAGAAUUAAGUAACUUAAGGUUUCUGCUUUUAAUUUCUGCAAAACUAAAUAAUGAAUUAUAAAUUAAUCCCUGGCUGCAGCUCUCUUGUUGAUUCUGUAUUAAACACAAUGGAGAUAUAAAUUGUAUGAAACAAAUAUUUAGAAAGAAAAAACUCACACAAACCUUUUGAAAACUGACUCCUGUUCAUCAACUUUUGCAUUUAUGUUGGAGGCAAAAAUUUAUAUUCAUGGCAAAAGGAGUGAAGUCAUUUUAUUUAUUUUUAAUAUGUAUCUACAACAAGGGGGACACAGGCAAAAAACGACUGACAACUUGAUGAAAAUUAAACAAAACAAAACAAAACAAAAAAAUACAUUAUCAAUGCAGAUUCCCACCUUUUUUCCAAUAAGUAAUAUUUUUUUUCGUCUAAAGAAACUUUACAAUAUAAAGAAACAUACGAAGGAACCUCUUAUUUUACUACACAAGACAUUUAGGAUCUGAAACUACCCUAACAUGAGAUACAAAGCAACUCCCCAAGGACAGACUGCCUCAUAUUCAAUACUGCUUUGUCAUCAAGAGGAAAAAUGAGGAACUGAACAGG